AAAUAGUAGUAAGAUAUAUCGAGCUACGGUGAUUAGCAUCCAGACAAAUAAAUACUCCGUACAUGAGUGUCAUCACUAGGCAGCAACAGCGGAGCUAACCCCCAGCAGCUCUUAUAAAGGUGAAGCAAAACUCCGUCGGCGGCUUUUUUUCAUUCCCAUUUUCCAUGACAUUACCAUUUCUUUUCUUGGUCGAAGAACUGCUCUGCGGCCAUGGCGGGAGUUCCCUAUUUCAUCGGUGUAGGAGUGCAUGAGCAAUUUCAAAGAACUCGGGAAUCCACCAAGCCGUCCGGUGAAAAGAAAUCUCCCGAUGAAGAGGAAUUCUCUUACGACUUCUCUGCUGUCACAGAGUCUCAUCUGAGCGAUGUUCAGGUACUAUGCCAGCAUUGCAGCGUGCUGCAGCUCAAAGGUUUACGUCUGAAAAAGACCAAAGUCUCGUAUGACGAUAAAAAGCCGUUGGAAUUGAGGGCGGACGUCCCUAAUUUCGAGGAAGAUCUCGAAUAUCGUCGAAAAGAUGUGGUUCCGCUGCUUCCCAGCCUGGCCGAGUCUGCGGACUCUGGUUGCGGGUUCUGUGCCUUGCUUCGGAAUGCCAUGAUCUGGCACUUUCGGAAAUACCCGUUGACGCGUCUUCCUGACGAUACAGUCGAGAUUACAAAGAUUCGACAUUAUUGGAACUCUGGUCUAACAGCGUUUACUGUACACAGCACCGCGUUUGUUAGACCUAAGCACAGAUGGGACUAUCUGACAUUCAGGGCCAGUAUUACCCCAGGAGACUUUGUACCAGAUAGUAUAAUAUCACCCGCCGGCAUUCUCACCUUGAAGAAAUGGGUGUUUGGUAGCAGCAAGGAGAAAGCUGCUCUCAAAGCACUUUAUCGCCCUACAAGGCUGAUUCAUGUUGGCGGUAAAAGAGAGUCGAGCCUGGUCCGCCUUGUGGAGAGCAAUACACAUGCCGACAUGGCUGAGGAACCACAGCCGUAUUUGGCUCUGAGCUACUGCUGGGGAGGGAAACCCCCAUCUCUCACAACAACAAAAAGCAACUAUUCUCAUUUGAAAACAUCGAUUUCUUACAAUGCCUUGCCGAAAACGUAUCAAGACACCAUCCGCAUUGCACGAGCGUUGGGCGUCAAGUACGUCUGGAUUGACGCGCUCUGCAUCAUCCAAGAUGACGUGGAAGACUGGGAGAAGGAAUCGCAGGUGAUGGCAGAGAUUUUUCGAAACUCCCUCGUCACGCUCAUACCGCUCCGUACAACGUCAAGCGACGAAGGCUUCCUUGAACGAAACCCAAGUAUCAAGAUCCCCUACCACUCCGCAGAAUGGAAUCUCAGCGGUUCAUUCUUUCUUCGCCAUAUACCCUUCUCUUACCAAUCCGCCGAGUCUGCGUUACGUGGCGCACCUAGCUGGUCAGACCGACCCCUCUCUCUUGAUAUUAAAGCCUCAGCUUGGCAUACUCGUGGCUGGACGUUUCAAGAAGACAUGUUUGCGAUGAGGAAGCUGUAUAUCGGCCAGCUCAUGAUGCAUUGGGAUUCUCUCAAGCCGGUUGACAUUAUAAGAACAGAGGAUACCAUCAUCGAUGAUAAGCUAGACCGCAUUGAUAAGGCAGAGUUGUCCAUCAUUCAUACAUCUACACCAUGGAGAGGCGACUGCGACUAUCAGGGCUGGUACGAGCCAAUGCUUGAAUACAGCAACAAGGAGCUCACGUAUCAGACCGACAGGCUGCCGGCAGUGUCAUCGUACGCCAAGCUCAUCGCCAGUAAGAGUGGGGAUACAUAUUUGGCCGGUCUAUGGAAAAAGAAUCUUCAUCGGGGUCUCCUUUGGAAGAUACACCGGCGUUGGCGCUGGACCUUUCGUCAGCUGAAGGGAUGGCUCAAGCGCCCGCCUCAAUACAUUGCGCCGUCUUGGUCUUGGGCGAGGAUCCGUAGCAGCCUAACAUGGGACAACACUGAUUACAUGAAACGCGAGUGUAAGGUCCUUGAGGCUAAGACGAAGCCUUAUGGAGGAGACAUAUAUGGACGAGUGUCUGGCGGACGCCUUUUACUCCGCGGGAAGGUCUGUGGCAUUCCUGGGGGGAAACUCCAAAAGCUACCCCUCGAAUCGCCCUAUCAUGGCGAGCAAUGCGAGUGGCUGGCUAUAGAAGAUGAGCAAAGACCGCAAGAAUGGGAAGACAAGGAGGAGAACCCACCGUUGGAAGUCAUGCACGGCCUCCUAUUGUAUCCUACGGGGAAGAAGGAGGAUGAAUAUUGGCGUGUUGGGCUGUUUCACUCGCUGACGGAUGAGAAGGGCGGCAGGCAAUAUUUUGCCAAUUGCGAAAAGAAGACUAACGCUAGAACAUGCAUGCAUGAGCGCCAAUUCGAUUGGUAUUCUAGAGUGAAUUCAGCGCCAUUGGCACGCGUCAUUGCAGCAUUGCAGCACAAUCUAUUGAGAACCUGCAUGCAUAACCAUGUCAUGCGUGUGCAGCGUGAAGUCAUUCUUGUUGUCAUUGCCAGAAUCAGCGAGGCUCACUGA